GUAAUUUGUUAUAUGGGAAACCAAAUAAUUUCCUAUGUUAUACUCAGAAAUGUUGAAAAAUAAAUAUAUUUUAAGUUUUUUUAGAAAGGAGGAGCUAUAAGUAGAUAGUAAUUACUAGUAUCUUAUUUUAUCUCGUUUAUGAUUCAUUACGUUUUAUAAAUAUCUUUCUGUUUUAGUUGUUAGUAUUAGCAGAGGGGAGAGGGAUAAUUUAUUUUCCCUGAACAUAUUCAUUCUAUUUGAAAGCAGGGAGGAGGUGCACAGGAAAAUCCAAGAAACAGUUUGAGAAUUGUCUGUGUGACAGUUGGAAGAACCCAGUACCCUCACACAGACUGUGAUUUUUGCUCAGUUGCAUUAAUUGCAAGGAUGUUCCUUAGCUAAAGCCCCUUUGCCAACAAACACAGUUUGGUCAUAAGUCUCUAGUCUUGAUCCCAGGAAAGUCUGGGAAGGUGCAAGCAAUAAGAAUUAAAUAAAAUUGAGGGCGUGGAUUUAGAUUACUUUUUUUUUUUUUUUUUUUUUGAGAGACAGGGUCUCUGUUGCCCAGGCUGGAGUGCAGUGGCACGAUCUCGGCUCACUGCUACAACCUCCACCUCCUGGGUUCGAGUGAUUCUCCUGCCUCAGCCUCCCGAGUAGCUGGGAUUACAGGUGGCUGCCACUACGCCUGGCUAAUUUUUGUAUUUUUAGUAGAGACGGGGUUUCUCCAUGUUGGCCAGGAUGGUCUCGAACUCCUGACCUCGGGUGAUCCACCAUGCCCAGCCUAGAUUACAUUUUAAGCUUAGAAAUUAGGUAAGUUAUAGAAGGUAGUUCUGAGGGUUCUGUAUCUCUUAAUUGCUUAUACCUUUAAAUGGGAGCAGAGACCACCUUCGAAAGAUUAAAAUAGGCAGGAAUGGCAGCGUGCCCUCCAAAACAACAAGUAGACUAGGAAUGUUAGAUAGAAUUUUAUAGCAUCAUUAAUUGUCCCUUAUGGUUAGGGACUGUUUUGGGCAAGUUAAAACUUUCAAUAAUUUUAACUAUUUUAAAUGUUAAUCUUUCUAAAUUGUAGGAUAUACUUCCUCAGUUAACAUAUUAAUCAUAAUAUUUUUGCUGAUCAGUUGUACAGUAGUUAUAGUUUGUGGGAUAUAAAACUGAAAGGAUACUCAUCCUCAUACCCAGGAAAAUACUGUUAAGAAAGCCAUUUUUACCUGUUGCUAAUGUAAGGUUAGUAGUACAUAACCGUGUAAUCUGUAAGAUAGUAUGACAUUUCUGCCUUUCUGCAAAAUUACUGAAUCAAAGUUUGAAGUAGUGCGUUCUUUAAUGGAUUUUAUUUAUAAAAUCAUCUUUACUGUGAUCUGUGUUCCUUGACUUUUCAUCAACAUUGAAAACAUUUUCUCUUAAUUUUUUCUCAUUAACAUAAUGAACCAUAUUCAUUUCUUGGUCAGUUGUGAGCCAUUCUUUUAUUCCGCUUGGAUUGUUCAUUUUAAGUGAAGGAGGCGGAGCCUUUAAUGUAUAUGCAGACAUUUUUUAAAUAAUAACAGGAUAUUUCUUAGUCUAGAGCUUGUAAAUUCUUUAAUAUAAGGAGUUUUCUAGGAUGAAACAGUAGUUUCUCUGAGUUUCAGUGAACUAUUUAACUUUAUCAGAGUUUCAGGCAUAUCCAAAACACUGAAAGCACCUGCAUAGUGAAUCAAUGAAAAAAGAAAAGUUUUCCUAAUUUUGCAUUUUGAACUCUGAAUAAUAUUUCUAUCUACACAGCAGCCCAGAAAACAAUAAAAGUAUCACUUCAUAUAACAUUGCAUCGUUCCUGGAUUCUCUACAGUUGUUUAGUUCUCCUCAAGUAAGCAUAUGCUUCUGAGACAUUCUUUUACUUCAGGUAAAUAUAAGCAAAACAAAGAAAAAUCAUUUUGUCUAUUUCUGCAUCAGUUCUAUAAGGAGCAAGUCAAUUAUUUUCGUUUAGGUUGGAUGUUGUCAUAUAAGGAUAGAUGGCAGUGUUCAACGUGUUCAAGAUGGGUAGUAGGAAUUCAAUGGCCAUGAGGUGUCAUGGAUCAAGGUCAGGUUUAGUGAAUCAGGUACUCUUCAGUAACAGGUGGUUCAUACAAAGCAUUGAAGCUUAAAGUUGCUGUGAGUUCAGCAAGCAGGAGGGUUGAGAAGACAGGCAGAUGGUUUAAAACUAAAGGUCAAUAAGUGGGCAAGACUAGUUAAAUGAGGCAGAUACUCCCCAAAGAUGGAAUUCCAGAAAGGUGCUUGAAAAGGACUGAAUUCUUAAAGCCUACUGCUGUUAGUAUGUAGAGUUCUUGAGGAAACAAGCAGUUUGGCAUAACUUAAUCUACUAAGAAACUAUAAGAAGAUGAAGGAAGUUGGAACAUCUUACUGGAAAAAGAAUGAGGGAGUGAAUGAGGGUAAGUUUCUGACUGGAAUCUUGUGAAUUCAAAACUUGCAGAAAAGCUAUUCUGUUUCCUUUUUGUUUAGGUUCUCACGCACUAGCAGCUGCUAGAAUAGAUAUUGGAAGGUAGGGCCAAAAUAGGUCGGUUAUUCAGUUUUGCAAGAUUAUUGAGGAUAUAGAGAAAUUAAUUUGUGAAAACUCUGAAAUCAUCUGCAGCUCCAUGUUUUUGUUUGAACUGAAUAACUUAGGACUUUGAGAAGUCAAAGCCGUCAGAAAGUAACAUGAAGUCCAUUCAACUGAAUAAAUGUCAUAUUUUGCUAUUAGCAUAGAAAAGAAUCUUUAAAACUUCUUUCCAAAAAGCACUCAGUAUUGACCCAUAUGUUCCAGUGUAGUUGUGAACCAUGUACAACUGAUAUUUGACUAAUCUGACUCAACAUGUAAGGAAUUUAACCAGCUGCCCUUGCUGAAUCUUGUCUCCUGAAUAUGGUAAAUGGUUUUUGUUUUUAAUCUUAAUACCUUAGAUUUCUGCAGACCCCAGUUUUCUCUUUUAGAGUUAACUGGUAAUUAUUGGAUAGUAUCUAUAAUAUACCUGGCUGUUCUGUUCUGUACUGUGCCCUAGUAUUAGUUUAAAUGGUAGACUUUUCUUUUAAAGUAACUUUAAUAGUUUAACUAAUAGUUAAAGUUACUUGAAGGUAUGUUUUAGAUCAGGGCCUGGCACUAUGGCCUCCUGCUUUUGGUAAAUAAAGUUUUAUUGGAACACAUCCAUGCCGAUUCAUAUACAUAUUGUCUAUGGCUGCUUUGGCUUACGACAGCAGAGCUGAAUGGUUGCUACAGAGUCAUAUGGCCCUAACAAAUGGUAAAACAUUUACCAUUUGACUCUAACAAAAGCUUGUUGAUCACCAUUCUGGUUUAGUUAUUCUAAACCAAGUGUGGUCCUUGGAGCAGCAAUUCAGCAUCACCUCAGCAUCACGUCGUAUUGUUAGAAAUGUAAAUUCUUAGACCCACCUACUGAGUCAGAAAUUCUGGGUAUGGGCCCCAGUAAUCCAUGUUUUUAGAAACCUUCCAGGUGAUUCUGAUACACAUUAAAAGUUUGAGAAACCCUCUUCUUGAUCAGUGUUUCCCAAAUGUUUGUCACACUUAUUGCCUUUAUUAUUAUUUAUUUUUAUUUUUAUUUUUUUGGAGACAGAGUCUCUGUCACCCAGGCGUGAAGUGCAGUGGCCUGAUCUUGGCUCACUGCAACCUCCGCCUCUCGAGUUCAGGCGAUUACCUUAGCUUCCCGAGUAGCUGAGAUUACAGGCAUGCACUGUCAUGCCCUGCUAAUUUUUGUAUUUUUUUAGUAGAGAUGAGGUUUUGCCGUGUUGGCCAGGCUGGUGUCAAACUCCUGACCUCAAGUGAUCUACCUGCCUUGGCCUCCCAAAGUGCUGGUAUUACAGGCGUGAACCACCAUGCCUGGCCUUGCCUUUAUUAUUUUUUACUGUUUUCUGUUUAUUUAAUAUUUUCCUUUAUGUCAACUCACUUUCUAAAAAUUUUAAGUUAAUUUUAAAAUGAAAGUUUAUACCACCAUAAAAAUAAAUACAAUGAAAACAAAAUGGUGUACUAUAUAACUAGACUCUUGUCACUUAGGGUUCCUGUGCUAAAAAUUAGAAGUUGUUAAAUUUAUUAAACAAGUACUGUUGCAAAAUGGGAACUUUUUUUCUUGACUUAAUCGUGAUUAAUAAUUUUCUUACUGAGUGGUAUUUAAAAUGUUGUGUUGGCAAAAUCAUGUAACACCUAAAGUCAUCUUUUGUGCAAAUCUCAUACUUUGGAAAUUACUGUUCCAGGGGGUAUUCAUGUGAAAGGAAAGCUGUUUGAACUAUAUAUAUACCCAAGCCUGUAAGCAGAAAUGACUGGACAGAAAUACAAGCCUGUGAGACAGAGAGAUCUAGGAGAUCCCUAGAGAGGUCCAUCUAGACCUCUAGGAUGAAAUUACCUCAUUUAGCUCAAUUUCUCACCUCUCUUUUAGUGCUUUGGUCCACGGGGGUCAGUGGUUCUGCAGGAUUUCACCAACUGGUUCCACAGUGGGAAUGUGAAGAGGUACCUGGCUGUGGGAAAAGCUGCUUAUCAAAGAGAGGCCUGAUAGAAGUGCUAGGGAAAGUGGCUGUGAGUCUGCAUUAUGGACGGGAGCAGAGCGGCAGGGCAUGUUGCUAGGACUAAGCAGUCGAUUCACCCUUCACAGUUGUUGAUCACAUAGCAUGGUCAUCCACUCACAGCUUAAAAAAAUACAGGGAGCAUCGGAGAGAAUGGGAGAUACUACUCGUCAACGAAUCAAAUUCAGUGAUGACAGAGUAUGCAAGAGUCACCUUCUCAACUGUUGUCCUCAUGAUGUCCUUUCUGGAACUAGAAUGGAUCUUGGAGAAUGUCUGAAAGUCCAUGACCUGGCUUUAAGAGCGGAUUAUGAAAUUGCAUCCAAAGAACAAGAUUUUUUCUUUGAACUUGAUGCCAUGGAUCAUCUGCAGUCAUUCAUUGCAGAUUGUGAUCGUAGAACAGAAGUGGCCAAGAAAAGAUUAGCAGAAACUCAAGAAGAGAUUAGUGCUGAAGUAGCAGCAAAGGCAGAACGUGUUCAUGAGUUAAAUGAAGAAAUUGGUAAAUUGUUAGCCAAGGUGGAACAACUAGGAGCUGAAGGGAAUGUGGAGGAAUCCCAGAAAGUAAUGGAUGAAGUAGAGAAAGCACGGGCAAAGAAAAGAGAAGCAGAGGAAGUUUAUCGGAAUUCUAUGCCAGCUUCCAGUUUUCAGCAGCAGAAACUUCGAGUCUGUGAAGUCUGCUCUGCCUAUUUAGGACUUCAUGAUAAUGACAGACGACUGGCUGAUCAUUUUGGGGGUAAACUGCACCUGGGAUUUAUUGAAAUAAGAGAGAAGCUUGAAGAAUUAAAGAGAGUUGUAGCUGAGAAGCAGGAGAAAAGAAACCAGGAACGGCUGAAACGAAGAGAAGAAAGAGAGAGAGAAGAAAGGGAGAAGCUGAGGAGGUCCCGAUCACACAGCAAGAAUCCAAAAAGAUCCAGGUCCAGAGAGCAUCGCAGACAUCGGUCUCGCUCCAUGUCACGUGAACGCAAGAGGAGAACUCGAUCCAAAUCUCGGGAGAAACGCCAUCGCCACAGGUCCCGCUCCAGCAGCCGUAGCCGCAGCCGUAGCCACCAGAGAAGUCGGCACAGUUCUAGAGAUAGGAGCAGAGAACGAUCCAAGAGGAGAUCCUCAAAAGAAAGAUUCAGAGACCAAGACUUAGCAUCAUGUGACAGAGACAGGAGUUCAAGAGACAGAUCACCUCGUGACAGAGAUCGGAAAGAUAAGAAGCGGUCCUAUGAGAGUGCUAAUGGCAGAUCAGAAGACAGGAGGAGCUCUGAAGAGCGCGAAGCAGGGGAGAUCUAACUAGCUGUGUACAUUUCUUCAGUCCUUAAGCUUCCUAUGGAGUUACGUACUAUUGUUUAGUUCACAGCUGUUCAGGGUGACAGUGAGCAGAUCCAGACACCAGAUCCAGCUAGGCUAGAUGUACAGUAUCUAACUUGAUCUGAACUGAACCUGUUUUCCUUGAUGAUGCCUAAAACUACAUCCAUAGUUUCUGGUGAACCUGUAAUACAGUUCUGAAAGUACAGUUUUAUAUAAUAAGAUGCUGAUCUCUUUAUUCUUUCAAGUAAGAGUGCUAGUGAACAAAUUGUGUUACUUGCCUUGGGAUUUUUUGAACGUUUGUAAAAUGCUGUCUUCCUAGUCCAAACAGCUGUAGCUUUGGGCAUUUUUCUUUUUAAUUAUUCUUCCUCUGACUUUGUAUCCCUUAAUACCUACACUCUCCAAUUGUAAGAAGAGAAAGGGGGCAGGGAAGCAAUAUAGCUUCCAUUCUAAGGCUGUAUUCCCGUUAUGAAUUACUAGCUGAUUACAGUUCAGAGCAUUGAUCCUGGAAUGUGUGCUGGAGAAAUUUAAAAUACUGGGGUUUUUUGUUUAAUGGUGCCUAUUUAGAGUUGGAAGUUGAACAGCUGUUGCAUUACAUACUUCUGCUUUUUUAUUGAAAUUUUGAAAUCAAACGUCUUGAUUUUUCUGUUCUGUUGAAUUGCUAUGUUCAGGAUGUUCUAAGGGGGUGGGGGCAGGGACUCUUUUCGUAAUAAGCACUUGUUUUAUUUUGUGUGUGUGGAGUAUAAAGGCUACACCCUUAUUGUAAAAAAAUAAUAAUAAAAUGAAAGAAACAAUCACCACCACCAUUAUUAAACUGUAACUUGUCUAGUAAAUUGUCACUAGAACUAUUUGCUGUGGGCAUUUCCUCUAUUCUGUUACGUCAUUAACAGUGCCUUACUGUGCAAGGCACCAAAGGACAUAAAUAUGUACUUACAAAGAUUCCAGAUGAGCUGUUCAUGUGGGCCCCUUGCUGACUAUAUUCCAGCCACUUCAGGGUUGUUUGUAAUGACCGUUAUAGAGAAGGGCUCGACCUGCAGAAGAAACUGGGGUGUUUUUAUUCUCAUUCAACAAACCCAAAUAAAAACAGUAUAUGUAACCAA